UUUGUUUUGUCUCAGUUCUACGUCAUUACAAGGUUAAAGCAAUUUCAUUCUUAUUUGAACGCAUUAGAAUAUUAAAUAGCGUAUUGAAUUUCUGUAACUUUGUUUACAUUUUGACAGUCAAAAGUUUGGUUAUAAUAGUAAAAGUGCUAGAAUUCGUUACUGAUUUUAUCGUUUUCUAACGUGAAUAAAUCGAAUAAUGUAUUCAUUACAAUACUGUAGUGCAAUGUUAAUAUAUGAAUUGCUUUAAUAAAUUAUUUUUACCGUGUAAAUUAGUUGUAACCGGUGCUAAUAGAUUAGUUCGUCCAUCAGUUAGAUGUCUUCAGAGUUCAAAGCCUAGAAGCCUCUUAUUUCCUAGCAUAGACACUUUACAAGUAAGAAACAUGGCUCAGAAAAGUAUUAUGUCAUUCUUUAAAAUCACACCAAAAAAAGACGCCGAAAUUAAAAAGGAACAACCUGAAAAUGACACAUCUCUUGAAGAUGCAGAAAUGAAAGAACCGUCACCAGUCCAAAAUGGAAAAGCUAAGCGGUCCUCAAAAAGGCAGAGGUUGGACACCAGCAGCAGUGAAUCCCAGUCUCCAAAGAAAGAGAGUCCGCCAACAUCUGUAACAAAAAAGAAGGUCAAAAGACAACGAAUAGAAAGUUCAGAAAGUGAAUCUGAACCUAUUAAAUCACCUGAGAAAUCACCUGAAAUAUCACCCAAGAAAUCGAAUUCGAAUUCAACGGAAACAUCCCCAGUGCAGUCCCCAGAGAAGGAGAUAGAAAUAAAGAAGAGUGGGAAUGCGAAGACUUACCAGUCACCAAAGAGUAAGAAGGCUAAAGGAAAGAAGGAGGGCAAAAAUGAUUAUAUUGCUAAAAAGGUAAUAAAAAAAGAGAAAUAUCCGUCGCCCGAGAGUCAGUCCAUAAAAAAAGAGAAGUCACCUCUUAAAGAGAACGGGAAGGACAAAACUCCAGAGAAAAAGGCCAAAGAGGUCAAGAAGGAAGCUAGCGUUAAGAAGGAAAAAGAAAGUGGACUGGUUCCAGAAACCGAAUACGACCCCACAAAGUCUAAAUACCACCCAAUCAACGACGCCUGUUGGGCGCCGAACCAACCAGUCCCAUACUUAGCUCUGGCCAAGACACUUGAAGCCAUAGAAGCUAUAUCAGCACGGCUCAAAAUUGUAGAGAUACUGAGUAACUACUUGAGGUCAGUGAUAGUGUUAACUCCGGAAGACUUGCUGCCAAGUGUGUAUCUGUGUCUGAAUCAAAUCGCGCCGGCUUAUCAUAGCUUGGAGCUGGGCAUAGCAGAAACGUACCUAAUGAAAGCCAUAGGCCAGUCCACCGGCCGUACUUUAGCCCAGAUGAAGGCAGCAGCUCAAAAAACUGGAGACCUAGGGGCCGUGGCAGAACAAGCCAGGUCUACACAGAGAACCAUGUUCACACCACCACCUUUAAAAACAAGAGCAGUUUUUAAUGCUCUUAAAGAUAUUGCUGGAAUGACUGGGCAGGCCUCAGUUAAUAAGAAAAUAGGCAAGAUUCAAUCGCUGUACGUCGCGUGCCGCUUUUCUGAAUCCCGAUACUUAAUAAGAUCGCUGGAAGGCAAACUCCGCAUUGGUCUGGCCGAGCAGUCAGUGCUACAAGCGCUCGCACAAGCUACUGCCACGUCUCCGCCCGGGUCAGAUGUCCUCGACGCGAGCCAGGGACUGUCGGCCGCGGAGUUCAAGGCCAUAGUCGAUGAGCAGGCCCUCAUAAUCAAAACCACCUACUGCGAAUGCCCGAACUACGAAAUGAUCAUCCCAGUACUACUCGAACACGGGGUAAAGGCGCUCCCACAACACUGCAAGUUGACGCCGGGUAUUCCGCUCAAACCUAUGCUCGCACACCCUACUAAAGGAGUCCAUGAGGUGCUUAAUCGAUUCGAAGGCACCCGGUUCACCUGCGAGUACAAAUACGACGGCGAACGCGCGCAGAUCCACGUUCCGAAGGUAGAAAAAGAUGGAAAGGAAUCUGCGGAUUUGCAGACUGCAUCGAUAUUCAGUCGGAAUCAGGAGAACAACACUACGAAAUACCCAGAUAUCCUACAGCGGCUUCCUUCACUGCUAAAAGCAGAGGUGUCGAGCUGCGUGUUAGAUUGCGAGGCCGUCGCCUAUGACACGGUCAACAAGCAGAUUCUGCCUUUCCAGAUCCUAUCUACUCGUAAACGCAAGGACGCCUCAUCAGCCGAAAUCAAAGUGCAAGUGUGUGUGUUCGUCUUCGACCUGCUCUAUCUAAACGGGCGCGCUCUGGUCAGAGAGCCGCUGGAAGAGAGGAGAAAAUUGCUGAGAGAAAACUUUAACGAGGUCGAAGGUGAAUGGCAAUUCGCAACGGCCAAAGACUGCAGUUCCAUGGAUGAGGUACAGCAGUUCCUGGACGACGCGGUGAAAGGCAGCUGCGAGGGGCUCAUGGUGAAGACCCUAGAGGGAGACCAUGCUAGAUACGACAUCGCUAGGAGAAGCCACAACUGGCUGAAGCUAAAGAAAGACUACCUAGAAGGCGUAGGCGAUACCAUCGACGUGGUGGUAAUAGGCGGUUACCACGGUCGCGGCAAGCGGCGCGGCGUCUACGGAGGCUUCCUAUUGGCUUGUUACGAUAACAGCAGCGAGGAAUACCAGGCACUCUGCAAGAUAGGAACUGGCUUCUCUGAUGAGGAUCUACAGACGCUUACUAAGACGCUGGAGGAACAUGUGAUUGAGACGCCGAGGAAUUAUUAUAGAUACGAUACCUCUCAUGCGGCAGACGCAUGGUUCGCGCCCGCGUGUGUGUGGGAGAUACGCUGCGCCGACCUGUCUCUGUCACCGGCGCAUCGGGCAGCGAUGGGUCUCGUGGAUCCUGAGAGAGGCGUGUCAUUGCGUUUCCCUAGAUUUAUCCGCGUGCGCGACGACAAGACACCGGAGCAGGCGACGUCGGCGCAGCAGAUCGCACAGAUGUACCUCUCACAAGACCAGGUCAAGAACUCCACCAGCAAACCUGUCAACUUUGACGACUUCUACUAGACUGGAUGUAGUUUAUUAGUGGUUCCUAAAUAUUUAUUUAUCGGUCAUUCUCAAAUAAUGUCUGCGGUCUAAUUGCCGGGACCCAUAUAUAUAUUCCUUUAUUCAUAAAAUUACAAAUUUUACAUGUCAAAUUCUACAAUUCAUUAAAAUAAUAAUCAUCAAUAAAGUAAAAUAGAAUAAAACAAUAUAAAAAUAAUCAACACAUUUCAAAUAUCCACAAAAAAAUAUAAAAUUAAAUUAAGAUUAAAUCAUUAAUAUAUUUAAUCUUUAUAUUAUAUUUUGUCAUACAAAAUGUAUGAAAAAUGUCGUGACAAUUAGACGAAACCGCAAACAUAUUCUUCGAGAAUGACCCUCACAGGUUCAAAGUUAGAAAGAACGCUAAGAUUUUACAGAACUUGGGUGGUAUUCCAUCUGUCCAAUGUCAUUGCGUCAGACUCUCUCAUUAAGCAAAAUGUGAGACAAAAUACACAUUGGACAAAGAAAUUCCCAUGUGGAAUACCACCCUUAUGUGGAGUGUGGAGUAUGUAGAUCAUACCAUUAU